AUGAUUGGUCCGAAGUCUUGGAUCUGGUCGACCCUUGCGGCAUCAGCCUUCGCGGCUCAGGCCCCAUGGGACCUCGGCAGUGGCUUUACGCUUAAUGUGGACCAGGCUGCUAACCACCUGGCUGUCACCGGCCAGAACAAGACAAUCUGGGAGACUGUCCCCGGCAAGGCAUUCUUGAGCGCCAGUGCAGGACUCGAUGAUAUCGUCGACUCAAGUGGUAACUUCGAGAUCACCCAGGUCGAUGAAAACAAGUGCUCCUCUGAGCGUAUCACUCGGGUCGCUCAACAGUCAUACCAAGGAAGUGUCAACGGUCACGCUGCAGUCGUUCAAGGCACUCUCUCUGGUUGUGGCAAUGAGACUGCCCAAUUCUUGUUGACUCUCUAUGUCCCUAUUGAGUACCCGGAUCGUAUUGCGUUUAGCAUCAAUGUUGACCAGAGUGCCUCUUCUGGUGAUUCAUUGGCCAAUAUUUUCCUCACAUACCGCUCCUCCCCAUCUGAAGACUUCUACGGUCUCGGUGGUCAAGGCUCCUUUGCCUCCUUGAAAAACCAGUCUGUCCCUAUCUUCUCUCGCGAGGGUGGUGUCGGUCGUGGUGACCAGCCCACUACCAACCUGGAGAACAACUACAGCUUCUUCUCCGGUGGUGACAAGCACACCACUUACUCUGCUAUUCCUCAGUACAUCAGUUCGGAUGCUCGAGUCUUCCACCUGAGCGAUGAGAGCACUGCUUACGCCAACUUUGAUUUCACCAACGCCAGCUCCGUCACUGUGCGUUAUGCCGAGCUGAGCGUGGAGGGUUACUUCAUGCAGGCUAGCAACAUGCUCAACGGUAUCACCAUGCUUACCGAGUACACUGGACGCAUGCCUGAGAUCCCCAAGUGGGCUGAUACUGGUGCCGUUCUUGGUAUCCAGGGUGGACAAACCAAGGUCAACAGCAUUGUCAACUGGGGUCUCAACCUCUCGUGCCCCAUUGCUGGUGUCUGGCUCCAGGACUGGUCUGGUACCCACACUCAGACUGCGUCCUACCUGAAUGGCCUCACUGUUUCCCGUUUGUGGUGGAACUGGGAGAACGAUGAGGAUCUCUACCCAACAUGGGACGCCUUUGUUCAAAACCUGCGUGAUGAGCACAACGUUCGAACUCUGUCUUACAUUAACCCCUUCUUGGCCAAUGUCAGCACCAAGCCUGAUGGCUACCGUCGCAACCUUUACCUGGAAGCUACCGAGGGCGGUUACAUGAUUCAAAACUCCACUAUCAACUCUACUGCGGUUAUCUCCAGUGGUGUCGGUAUUGAUGCGGGUAUUGUGGAUCUAACCAACCCCAAGGCUUGGGCCUGGUUCAAGGAUGUCCUCGUUGAGCAGGUCUGGAGCGCUAAUGUCUCUGGAUACAUGUGUGAUUUCGGCGAGUACACCCCCGUCACUCCCGAUACCGUGUUCGCCAACAAGAGCGUCAACCCGCGUACCUACCACAACAAGUACCCCCGCCAGUGGUCUAUUCUGCAUGACUCCCUUCGCAAGAGUGUCUCUGCUGUUGCCGAGUCGCUCAUCUUCCACCGUUCCUCUUCCCUGUCCGCUAACCGCAACAUGAACUUGUACUGGGUUGGAGACCAGAACACCGACUGGGGUGUUAACGAUGGAAUCAAGUCUGCUGUGACUAUUCUCGGCCACAUGGGUCUGUCUGGCUAUGCCCACGGACACGUCGAGAUCGGUGGAUACACUACCACCUGGAACAGCAACGGAAUUGUCAACCGUACCGCUGAGCUGCUCGGUCGCUGGGGUGAACUGUCCGCCGUUUCCAGCGCUGUUUUCCGAUCGCACGAGGGUAACGUUCCCGAGGUGAACACUCAAUUCUACACCAACAGUUCUACCUACUCCUACUACGCCUACAAUGCCCGCAUGUUCGCCAGUCUGGGCAAGUACCGUCGUCAGAUUCUGGACACUGAGAGCAAGCACCUUGGCUGGCCUCUUGUUCGCAUGCCCGUUAUCUACCACCCCACUGAUCUGAAGGCCAAGCAGAUCAGCUACGAGAGCUUCUUCCUCGGUGCUGAUCUCUACGUCGCUCCUGUCCUGGACCCUGGCCACAAGGCUGUGCGCGUCUACUUCCCUGGUCACGGUGAGACCUACAAGCAUGUCUGGACUGGCAAGGAGUACCACAGUGGAGAGACCGCUGUUGUCCCUGCACCUUACGGAAAGCCUGCUGUCUUCGUUGUUGGCCAGCCUAAGCACAACAACCUGAAGGACUUCUUCGACUUCAUUCGCAAGGAGAAUGGUACUGUUAUCCGGGUUUAA